AAAAAUGAUCAGGAAGAAGACGGGGCGGAACCUUUCUUCUGCAGUACAGCAGAACAGUUUAUUGUGGCGGACCAGCAUGGCCGCGCUCUGGAGGAGAUCCCUGUAUCUCAGUUUCCUCAGAAUUUCCUUUCGGUACCUGUCCAGGAUAAAACCUGCUGUCCGGAAAUCCCCCAGAUGGACAAGUGUCCUGGCUUCUCUCGCCGUCGGCGGAAGUCUGUGUGCUGUACCUUUUAAACAGGUUGAAAACCUCUCUCACGACUCCCUGGUGAGACGAGCAGCCUCUCUGGUGACAGACAGUUCAAGCACUUUUCUCUCUCAGGCCACUCUGGCUCUGACUGAUGCCCUCACAGAGUACGCAAAGGCUGUGCACACGCUCAUCGCCCUGCAAAGGCAAUAUUUAGCUUCCCUGGGGAAACUGAGUCCAGCAGAAGAAGAUACGAUCUGGCAGGUGAUCAUUAGCCAGCGUGCAGCGGUUGCGCACAGACAAGACGAACAGGAGCGCUUCGAACUGACCUGGGUCACCGCCGUCAGGCUGUGCGAGGCGGCGGCCGAGGCUGCGUACAUAUCAGGAGCCGAGAACGCGUCCAUCACGGUCAGGACAAACCUUCAGCUGGCCCAGUCCCAUGUAGAGGAGGCCCAGAAAGUCUCACGGGACGCAGAAAAGAAGCUGGCAGAGACAAAAGUCAUGGAGGUCGAGAGGAUGACGCAACACCAGGGGAGUAACGAGGAAGAGGAGACACCCGAGGCCUACCUGAGAGAGGACUGAAACACACAAUCAUCAGAUCAUUUUACCGAAUCUGUACCGACUUCUGCUUCUUCUUUUUUUCUGUCGCGUGAGAUGAUGAAAGUUAAUUGUUUGUACCGAAAUUAAAAGAAAGCAUGAAAAUAUUGUUUCCUUUUCUUUUUAGAAUUCAUUCAAUUUAGACCAUAAAACCAUUUAGAAUUGUUUCAUGCAGAGUCUUACCAAUCAUUUCCGUUUAACUUCUUGUGAAAAUAUCUGGGUACACUUGACAUGAGACAAAACCGAUUUACAAGUUUUAUCUUGCAAAUUACAAACUCCUUUAAGACGAGCUUGUAUUAAAUCAAUAUUUCCUUAAUAUCAAUGGAACAAAAAAAACAGUCUCAUUUGCAGAGUACGCCACUUACAAUAAGACAAUAUUUUUGCAGCGUAAUCCAAAGUGUUGUGUUAAACGUUUGUUUUUUUAUGUGAUUGAUUUGAUAACUGAUCAGAUUGCAAACUGCAUUAAUAAACUCUGGUCUCUUUUAGGUUGAUGUGCCAACAGGCUUCUGUGUUAAUAUAUGGUCUGGGUUAUUUUAAUACACUUAAGAUGCAACUAAA